AUGAGCCAGGAGUCGACCGAGGACACUCUGAUGGUCGUGCCGCCAUCGAAGUAUCGACGCUCCGAGCGCCUAGUGCAGCGCGCCCUCGUUGGAAAAGCCAACCUGGCCAUCGAAGAAGCAAAUGCAGCCACGCCACUGCUCUCACUCCCACCAGAGAUACGCAACCGCAUCUACACCCUCGUCCUAUGCCCAGACACGCUACACGUUGCUGCGCUACGGCUCGAUCUGCUCCCUUGGGUCAGUUACACUAACAGCGUUUAUGUCUGCAAAGCUAGCCUCGGAGACCACGAAGCCGCACGUUCAAUUCGCGACAGCGAACGCCUCCAACCUUACGAGUCCUAUGCAGAACGCCACCACGCCUGUCGGGCGAGCUGGGGCACGGUCCAAACACAAUUAGGCUUCCCAAUGGCGCUACUACGCACUUGCCGCCAAACACACUCUGAGGCCGCUUUGCUACCCUUCGAAGAGAUCAACUUCACCUUCUACGCCCCGUUUUUAGUCCAUCCAUUCCUCGAGAAGCUCCUGCCAUCUCAGCGCAAGGCUAUCCGCAGCAUCACCCUCGAGGCGACUCAGGGGUUCAACGAAACAACGAAGAUUGGGCCAGAAGAAGCACUCGUCGGCCUCGAAGGACUGAAAGCCGUCACCAUGUUCGAGGAACACCGCUUGCGCAAGCCUAUCAACUACGAAAGAGUGCCACAUCUCGAUGCCGCGCAGCUUGCGGGGUUGAAGAAGAAACUCAUCAGAGAUUCGGGCCUGUUCCGUUCCGCGCAGCCGAGUAGGGCAAUGGUGUGCGUAACGUACAGGCGCUGUUGGGGUGAUUCGAACAUCAGUAGUGGAUGCUUUAGCGGCCUGGAGCAGACUGCGGCCGUUUGUGAGGUGGAGGCGAAGCUGCUGGGACUCGAGGAACAGAAUGGAGACGCAGGGCCAGAGGGGGAUAUUGGCGAGAGCGAAGCAUAG